GUCAGCCAAUUUAUGUGAAGGUGCUUGACGUCAGUCGACAACAAUCACUCACUCGCUCACUCACUCACUCACGCCCAUCCAUCCAUCCAUCCGUCGUCUGUCCAUUUAUCUGUCUGUCUGUGGUAUGCACACACUCACUCUUUGUCUUGUUCUGUUGCAAUCACGCACACGACAGGCAGCAUGAUGCUCAACACAGGAUCGACCAUAGAGUGAUCAGGGCAGGAACACGAGAUCACCAUCGCCUAGAAGAGAGUCACACACAGACACACACCACACGUCUCGCAUGUGCGUAUUCAUCCACACUGUCCGACACAGUACCGUCGUUGUUGUGUCGGCGGUUCCGGCGGGGCUUUUGUGGGCUCGCCUCUCGCUUGGCGACCUGACACACAUGAAACACCAUCAAAUGCAGACGGACAUUCACGAGUGACAUUGAUGCGUGUGCACCUUGGCUCUUUUCUUUGGUUUGGGUUUGGUCUCCUCUUCCUCCUCAGAGAUGUGUGCCUCGAGUGACGCAUGCUCACUCUCGUCAACCUGAGAGACACACACACGUAUUCACACACACAGGAAGGUAUUCAAUGCUUCUCUGCCGCACUGACCUCUCCCAGCUCGGCGUAGUUGGUGGUUUGGCCAAUCAUGCGACAAGCACGAGUCGGGCGGCGAGCGGCGACGGCGUCAGUCUGCUUGCGCUGCAGCCACACACAACACAUGAAUGUACUUAUGUGUGUCAUGUAAGUAAAGGGAGAGUGGUUUGUCUUGGCGCUGACUGUUGUCUUGGUGUUGUUGUCCUUGUUGUCCUUGUUGUCCUUGUCGGCCUUGUCGUUGGCUGAUUCGUUCUCCUGGCUGUCGAUCAUCGGGUCUCGCUCCUGCAUCGUCUGCGCCUGAUGCAACCCACGCAGAGCCGUCCAACCGCCAUCGUCCGGCACCCACACUGACAAGAGUGGGACACAAAAUGAGAGAGUGUCAGUCAGUUUGCCGUUUGUGUCUCUCUCUGUCUUUGCUGACUCUUGACUUUGAGUGUCUUGCUGAUGCGGAUGUGUGUCAGCUUCCACUUGGUGGCCAGUGCAGUGGUCUGCUUCCUCCUGGACGACUUGCGCCGCACCAGCCUCGCGAGGUUCUCCUCCUUGACUUGGUGCCGAGCCUGAAACGAUGAUGUUUGUGUUUGCUUGUCUGCCUCCCCUCUGUGUGUGUGCUGGCUGUGAGUGAGUGCGUGAGUACAUACCUGUGUGAGUAGCGGGUCUUCCUCCCACGGGACGGCACUGGCAGUGACUGACAUGAUAUCGGUCAGUGUGUCGAAUGCGUGGUUUCGGUUGACUUUGCAGCUUGCGUGCAUACAUGCGUACGUACGUAUUCAUCGUGUGCGUGCAUCACCAUGCGUGAUUUCGAAUCGUCUCAUCAUGGGGAUACUCCCCGUCCCGUGAACGCCUGGCUCGAUUGUUCAUGAGAGGGGAGGGAAGUGUCCCAGCUGCCGGAUGGGCCGCUGAGUGUUGUCUGGGUGGCUAUGGUGGUGCAUUGCGUGGACCUGUGACCUUGAAG